GCCAACUUCAAUUUCACACUCGCCUACUGUUUUCUCGUAGGUUUUGCCCCCUGCACUCCUGAGUCAUGAUCCCUUGGGUCCUCCUGCUCCUGUGGAUCUGCGGACAUGAAGGAGCUGAGGCCAUGUUUUCCCAGCAGCCACAGGACCUGGUGGUUGUUGCAGGCCAGCCGGUGACGUUGCCGUGCACUAUUCCCGGUUACCAUGGCGUUGUCCUGUGGAUCAAAGACGGCCUGGCGCUGGGAGUGGGCAGAGACCUCUCCAGCUAUCCUCGCUACACAGUGAUUGGCGACCACGGUUCAGGAGAGCACCAUUUGCGAAUCCAGCGUGUCGAGCUGAUAGAUGAUGCCGUGUUUGAGUGCCAGGCCGUCCAGGCCGCCACGAGGUCCCGUCCCGCCCGUCUCACUGUGCUGGUUCCCCCAGAGGACCCCAUCAUCAAUGGAGGACCGGUGGUGAGCCUCCGGGCCGGGGACCCGCUCAAUCUGACCUGCCACGCUGACAACGCCAAGCCAGCAGCCUCAAUCAUCUGGAUCCGCAACGGAGAGGUCCUUAACGGGGCCAUGUACUCCAAGACCUUGCUUCGGGAUGGAAGAAGAGAAAGCACCGUGAGCACGCUCUACCUCUCCCCCUCCAACAUUGAGACGGGUCAGCAGAUCAUCUGCAAGGCCUCCAACAAGGCGGUCCCCAACGGCAAGGAGACCAGCGUGACCAUCGACAUCCAGCAUCUUCCACUUGUUAACCUCUCGGUGGAACCUCAGCCUGUUCUGGAGGGAAAUCUUGUGAAGUUUCAUUGCUCCGCUAAGGCCAACCCUCCUGUCACCAACUACAGGUGGGCCAAAGGAGGAAGUAUAAUCAAGGAGGUCUCUGGAGACACCUACGAGGUCAUGGUGGACCACUCCUUCUUCUCAGAACCGGUUUCCUGUGAAGUCACCAACCCUCUAGGCAGCACAAACAUCAGCCGCAACGUUGACGUCUACUUCGGACCCAGAAUGGCAGCAGAGCCUCAGUCCUUGCAGGUGGACCUUGGGUCUGAUGCUGUGUUCAACUGUGCCUGGACAGGAAAUCCCUCUCUAACCAUCGUAUGGAUGAAGAGGGGGUCUGGAGUGGUUCUUAGCAACGAGAACAUCCUGACACUGAAAUCCGUGAGACAGGAGGACGCAGGGAAAUAUGUGUGCCGAGCCGUGGUCCCACGUGUGGGAGCGGGGGAGAAGGAAGUUUCUCUCACCGUCAAUGGGCCACCCACCAUCUCCAGCACUCAGACCCAGCAGGCUCUGCAUGGAGAGAAAGGACAGAUCAAAUGCUUCAUUCGGAGCACACCUCCUCCAGACCGCAUCGCCUGGUCAUGGAAGGAGACCGUGCUGGAGUCUGGAACAUCGGGCCGCUACACUGUGGAGACGGUCACCACGGAGGAAGGCGUCAUCUCCACUCUCACCAUGAGCAACAUCGUCCCAGCGGACUUCCAGACCAUCUACAACUGCACCGCCUGGAACAGCUUUGGCUCCGACACUGAGAUCAUUCGCCUUAAGGAACAAGAAUCUCUCCCUGUGGCUGUGAUCAUCGGCAUUGCUGUGGGAGCUUUCGUCGCCCUCAUUGUCCUCAUGGGCACUAUUGGAGCAUUCUGCUGCACGCGUUCUCAGAGAAAGGAAGCGCACCUGGUUAUGCCCUCACUGCCCGUCUCCAUCUGUGCUCACCAGAGAGAACUUGCAAGCAAAAUUAAGACAGAAAAUCUGAAAGGAGUCGUGUCGGCAAAAAACGACAUCCGCGUGGAGAUCGUCCACAAAGACCACAACGCAGCACGGGAAAACGAAGAACACCAAUCCAUGAAACAGCUGAUGGUUGAACGGGGAGAAUUCCAGCAGGAGUCUGUUCUGAAGCAGCUGGAGGUCUUACAAGAGGAAGAGAAGGAGUAUCAGCACAUUAAGGAUCCUACAAACGGCUACUACAGCGUCAACACCUUUAAGGAGCAUCCGACGCCGACCAUGGCUGUGACUCAGUCUGCUGAAGUGAGGAACCCCACCAGCACAGGUACCCUGGGCAAGCAGCGGGUACCGACAGGCAUGUCCUUCACCAACAUCUACUCCACUCUGGGAGCGGGUCCCAACCGCCUGUACGACUACAGCCAGCGCUUCGUGCUGGGCAUGGGCAGCAGCUCCAUCGAGCUGUGCGAGCGGGAGUUCCAGCGCGGCUCCCUCAGCGACUCCAGCUCUUUUAUUGACACACAGUGCGACAGCAGCGUCAGCAGCUACAGUAAGCCGGACGGCUACGUGCAGUUUGACAAAGACAGCAAAGCUUCAGCCUCCUCCUCGUCCCACUACUCCCAGUCAUCCUCACAGAACUCAGACCUGACUCGGCCGCUCCAGAAGCGCAUGCAGACCCACGUCUGACCGGCUGGGAGGAAGGGAGAUGGUCGUGGCUGUAACAGCAGCUAGGAUUGUAAAACUGUGACCGGCC